AUGGCGUCCGCACAUGUCAACGGCCACUCCAACGGCACCGCGCCCAAUGGCGCCCCAGAGGCAAAGAAGCAAAUUCUGAUCAAUGCCUUUGACAUGUCCACGAUUGGGCACUUGUCUCCCGGGCAGUGGAAGAAUCCAGCGGAUAAGUCAGCGACGAAGCGGAAGCUUCAGUAUUGGAUCGACCUUGCGAAGCUGCUCGAGCGCGGUGGCAUAAACGCGCUGUUCCUUGCGGACACCUAUGGGGGCUACGACACCUACCAGGAAGCUUGGACAACUGCAUCCGGAGAGCUGCCCAAUGGCCGGUCACUGAUCCCACCAUUAAAGAAACCUAUGCUGAUGCAGGGAACGACAAAGCCAAUCACCGCGAUGGCUGCGGUGACGAAGAACCUGUCAUUCGCUAUUACGGCUUCGACGUCAUUCGAGCCCCCAUUCCUCCUAGCUAAGCGAUUGUCAACUCUCGAUCACUUGACUGGCGGUCGUAUCGGGUGGAAUAUCGUAACGUCGUGGAAAAAGGCUGCCUUCAAGGCCAUUGGGCUUGACACUCCUAUUCCCCAUGAUGAGAGGUACGAGCAAGCCAACGAGUACCUAGAGGUCCUCUACAAGCUCUGGGAAGCCUCAUGGGCAGACGACGCCGUAUCGCCCGAUCCCGCCAACGACAGCUACGCGGACCCGGACAAGAUCCGCACCAUCCACCACCACGGCAAAUACUUUGACCUCGACACCCGACACAUCGUCGACCCCUCCCCCAGCGCACCCCGUUCCUCUUCCAAGCCGCUCUUGCGGCCCAAGGUCAAGGUCAUCAGGGACGAAGCCGCCGCGUUGGGGCGAGAUCCCAGCUCCAUCAAGUUCUUCGCCACUUUCACGCCAAUCGGUGGGCUCGUUCUCGUGAGCGGGUGGACGGGCAUCGACCUGUCCAAGAUCCCGCUCGACAAGGAGAUCACCGCCGACGAUUCUCAGGAGGCGAACAAGGUCCGCAGCAUCCUCGAUGCCUUUACGACGGCGAGCGAGGAGGUGCCCAAGUGGACGCCGCGCGUGAUUGCUCAGCGCGCUGCCAUUGGGGGAUUGGGCCCCGUGGCCGUGGGUAGUCCCGCGACGGUGGCGGAUGAGAUGGAGAGGUGGAUUACGGAAGGUGAUUUGGAUGGCUUCAAUGUUGGCUAUGUGACUACCCCUGGUACUUUUGAGGACGUGGUCGAUUUGCUCAUUCCGGAACUGAGGAGGCGUGGGUUGUAUCCGCAGCUGCCGGAAGAUGGCGAGGAAGCGCUCACGGCGCGCGAAAAGGUGUAUGGCAAGGGACAGGCUGGGUUGAGGGCGGACCACCCUGGGACACGGUACAAAUAUGCCGUGUAUUCAGAGGACGCUACAGAGGAGCAAUAA